AAGCCCACUACCAUAGAACGAGGAGGCCCAGCCCACCACACGACACACAGUCGCUUCCCUUGCGCCUGCUUUCUCCUCCUCCUGCUCCUACUCCUCGCGCCGCCGCCGCUGCUCCGAUCCCUCCGUCCGGCAGCCAGAUGCAGAAGUUCAAGACCUUGGCCAAGGCCUUGACCGGCAAGACCGUCACCGCCGGGAGGAACUCUUCUGGGCGAAUCACUUCUUUUCACCGAGGGGGUGGAUCCAAGCGAUCGCUUAGGGACAUUGACCUCAAAAGGAACACUUGCUCGGUUGGCAUUGUGGAAAGGAUUGAGUAUGACCCUAACCGUUCUUCUCGGAUCGCUCUUCUCCGAUGGAUCGAAGGGGUACCACAGAAGGAUCCAGCAUACAAGGCCAAGCGUGCACCUGUCAAUUACAUAAUAGCCAGCCAUCAAAUGGAACCGGGCAGCAUGGUGGUGAACAGCGACUCCUCCAAACCCUCCACGACCGGCUCCUUGAUGCGGCCUGCCCACAAUGCCAAUUCCAUCCUUCGGUUCCAAGAGCUGUUCCGCAAAGCCAGCCAAGAAGGCGAAGAGGGCACUGAUGAUCAAGCAAAGGAUGCGGCGGUUCCUGCAGCAGCACCGCUCAUGCCAGCCGAUCUACUGGACCUCAAUUCCAAGGUGGGAAACUGCAUGCCGUUGUCCGACAUCCGCAUGGGAACAUGGGUGCACAGCAUCGAACUGCGUCAUGGCCAGGGGGCGAAGCUCGUCCGGGCCGCUGGAGCCUACGCCAAGGUGGUCAAGGAGUCGGCCACGCAGUGCCUUGUGCGGCUGCCGUCGGGCGUCGAGAAGCUGAUCGACUCCCGGUGCCGAGCCACCAUCGGCAUCGUCUCCAACCCCACCCAUGGUGCACGGAAGCUGAGGAAGGCGGGGCACAGCCGGUGGCUGGGCAGGCGCCCGGUUGUCCGUGGUGUCGCGAUGAACCCGGUGGAUCAUCCCCAUGGAGGAGGCGAGGGGCGCACCAAGGGCGGCAGGCCGUCGGUGUCGCCCUGGGGGAAGCCCACCAAGGCUGGGUAUCGGACCGUGCCGAAGAAGCCAAAGGCUCAGCUGUCCCGGGACUGACGGUCUUCAUGGAAGCAGCUUGUUGCUCCGAGGGAAAGGUACCGCAUCUUUAUGUGGCUAUGGAUGACAAAGCUGAGGAUUAUCAUGCUUGUUUUUUUGUUUUGCAAAAACGGUUUCCGCCGCAGCACUUUGACUUUAUUAUUAUGUAUUAAUAAUAACAGGUGAUGUUUGGACC